AUGUUGGAAGUGGAAGUCUUUGAUUGUUGGGGCACUGAUUUUGUUGACCCAUUUCCCUCUUCUUUCUAUAAUGAGUAUAUUCUUGUAGCCGUUGACUAUGUGUCAAAGUGGGUGGAAGCAAUUGCUUCACCUAAGGCCGGCUCCAAAACCGUGAUAAGAUUUCUAAAGAAAAACAUAUUUUCACGUUUUGGUGUGCCUAUGGUGUUAGUAAGCGAUGAGGGAUCACAUUUUUGCAGAACACCCUUGGAAAAAGUCUUGGAACAUUAUGGUGUAAAGCAUAAAGUGACUACUCCUUACCAUCCACAAGAAAAUGGUCAAACGGAAGUGUCAAAUAGAGAAGUAAAAAGGAUACUUGAAAAAACUGUUUCGAGCUCAAGAAAAGAGUGGUCUUCAAAAUUGGAUGAAGCUUUAUGGGCAUAUCGUACCGCCUACAAAGCUCCUAUUGGACUAACCCCAUUUCAGUUGGUUUAUGGGAAGACUUUUCAUCUCCCGGUAGAGAUGGAACAUAGAGCACUUUGGGCUCUUAAAUUCUUGAACUUUGACUCCACUCUAGCCGGUGAGGAAAGAAAAGAACAACUCCAUGAAUUGGAGGAAUUAAGGAACAAUGCUUACCACUCAAACAAGCUUUACAAGGAGAAGGUGAAAGCAUACCAUCAUGGAAAUGUCCAUCACAAGGAGUUCAGAGUUGGACAAAUGGUGCUCCUUUUUAAUUCAAGACUCAAGUUGCUUCCGGGUAAGUUGAAGUCCAAAUGGUCGGGACCGUUUGUAAUGAAAGAGGUGCGAGAUUAUGGAGCCAUUGUGGUUGAGGACCCAAAGUCAAAAGAGAGAUGGACUGUGAAUGGGCGGAGAUUAAAAGUCUACCAUGGUGGAGAAGUAAACAGAGACGUCUAUGUAGUUUCGCUCGUCAAAUCGUGA